UCCUCCUGCCGGCCGGGGAUUUUCCAGCCCGGACGCUGACGCCGCGGACCUCCCUGCGGCCGCCGCAGACCAUGGGCGACAAAGGGACACGAGUGUUCAAGAAGGCGAGCCCAAAUGGAAAGCUCACCGUCUAUCUGGGAAAGCGGGACUUUGUGGACCAUAUUGACCUCGUGGACCCAGUGGAUGGUGUGGUUCUGGUGGAUCCUGAGUAUCUCAAGGAGAGGAGAGUUUAUGUGACACUGACCUGCGCCUUCCGCUAUGGCCGGGAGGACCUGGAUGUCCUGGGCCUGACCUUCCGCAAGGACCUGUUUGUGGCCAAUGUGCAGUCCUUCCCACCGGCCCCUAAAGACAAGAAGCCCCUGACGCGGCUGCAGGAACGUCUCAUCAAGAAGCUGGGCGAGCAUGCCUACCCUUUCACCUUUGAGAUCCCUCCGAACCUCCCAUGCUCUGUGACACUGCAACCAGGGCCUGAAGACACUGGGAAGGCCUGCGGUGUGGACUAUGAGGUCAAAGCCUUCUGUGCGGAGAACCUGGAAGAGAAGAUCCACAAGCGGAAUUCUGUGCGUCUGGUCAUCCGGAAGGUUCAGUAUGCCCCCGAGAGGCCUGGCCCCCAGCCCACAGCCGAGACUACGAGGCAGUUCCUCAUGUCGGACAAGCCCUUGCACCUAGAGGCCUCUCUGGAUAAAGAGAUUUAUUACCAUGGAGAGCCCAUCAGUGUUAAUGUUCAUGUCACCAACAACACCAACAAGACAGUGAAGAAGAUCAAGAUAUCGGUGCGCCAGUAUGCGGACAUCUGCCUUUUCAACACAGCCCAGUACAAAUGCCCCGUGGCCAUGGAGGAGGCUGAUGAUACAGUGGCACCCAGCUCGACAUUCUGCAAGGUCUACACCUUGACCCCCUUCCUGGCCAACAACCGAGAGAAGCGGGGCCUUGCCCUGGAUGGGAAACUCAAGCAUGAAGACACCAACCUGGCUUCCAGCACCUUGUUGAGGGAAGGAGCUAACCGGGAGAUCCUGGGGAUCAUUGUCUCCUACAAAGUGAAAGUGAAGCUGGUGGUAUCUCGGGGCGGCCUGUUGGGAGAUCUUGCAUCCAGUGACGUAGCCGUGGAACUGCCCUUCACCCUGAUGCACCCCAAGCCCAAAGAGGAACCCCCACAUCGCGAAGUUCCAGAGAACGAAGCGCCAGUAGAUACCAAUCUCAUAGAACUUGACACAAAUGAUGACGACAUUGUAUUUGAGGACUUUGCCCGCCAGAGACUGAAAGGCAUGAAAGAUGACAAGGAGGAAGAGGAGGAUGGUACCAGCUCUCCACAGCUCAACGACAGAUAGACUGGGGCCAGGCCCUCCCUCUGGGCAGCUCCAGGUCCUCUCUCUUGCACUCGGAUGCUUAUUCGUCUUCUUCCUGUUCUGGAUCCCCAUUCCCUUUGUUCUUCCAGUUUCUACCAGGGGCCCCAGUGGUCUUUCAGGUCAUGAUGGUGAACCUCUGGCCUCAGGACUGACCCCACAGCCUCCAGGGCCACAGUGAACCCCCCUUAAUCCCCUACCUCCUAAUAUCACCUCCUUUUCAUACUCGCCUCCAGAAAGGCCACGGCAAGCCCUGGCCUUGGAAUUUGAGUAGAGUUGGGGAGCAGAAAGGGGAGGAAGGGCAGGGGGUCAUGGUGAUGGUGGGCAGGAGGUUUGGAGGGAUACGAUGAGGGCUAAUGACACAUGAGAGCAUGUCCACAGUCCCAGGUGGUCACCACAGAUCUGGCAGCUAACAGAUGACCACACUGAAAGCUACCU